AUGGCCUCCUCUUCCACAAACACGCUGCAUGAUGCCCAGGAGAAGCGCAUCUGCGUAAUCGGCGCAGGACCGAGUGGCUUAGGUGCAAUCAAGAUUGUAAAGGACGCCCCACAAUUUAAAGCCGGAAAAUGGACUGUGACCGCCUUUGAGGCCCGUGAAACUCUCGGAGGCGUUUGGAACCCUGCGCCGGCGGAUCCAACGGUUGCGGAGCCCCCUCUGACAGCGCUGUAUGACUCUCUAACCACCAACACGCCGCACCCGCUCAUGUCGUACACAUCGUACCCCUUCCCGCCUGAAACCCCGCUCUACCCGCCCGCGCCCACUGUGCUCGCCUAUCUCCACUUGUACGCGGAGAAAUUUGACCUGCUCCCACACAUCCGCUUCGGCACCUCCGUCGCGUCGCUGCACUGGAACACGGCCGCGCACAAGUGGGAUGUCACUGUCAAAGGGCCUGGGGAAGAGCACCUCCAGUUCGACCUGGUCCUCGUUGCGAACGGGCACUACCGCGUGCCACGGAUCCCCGAUACUCCGGGUCUCGAGGCGUGGACCGCCGCGGGCAAGGUGACGCACUCGGUGUGGUACCGGCGGCCCGAGGACUACACCGGCAAGCUCCUAGUGGCUGGGGGCGGGUACAGCGGCAUGGACGUUGCGUCCGAGACCCGUCCCUUCGCCCGGGAGGUGAUCCACUCUAUCACCAGGGCCACCCCGCAAGACGAGGACGGCGGGAAAUUCAAGCGGCGUGGGCGUGUCACCGAGUACCGCGACGCCGCCGCGGGCGAAGUCGUCUUCGAGGACGGCACGACGGAGACCGGGAUCGACCACGUCGUGCUCGCCACCGGAUAUCAGUUCGCCUUCCCCUUCCUCACCACACCCGAGGUCCUGCCUGCGCUCCCGCCGCGUAUGCCCCCCAUCCCUGAGGCGCUGUACAACUCGACAUACCACAUCUUCCCGCUCGCGAAGCACCUGUUCCCGCUCGUGACGUCCUACCCGCCGUCGAGCCUCGCAUUCCUGGGCCUCCCGCUGCGCGUCGCCCCGCUCCCGCUCACCGAGAUCCAGACGCAAGUCGCGCUGAAGCUGCUCGCCGACCCCACCGCCCUCGACCUCGAGCACGAGGCCGCCGCCGUCCGCGCGCGCUACAACGCCUUCCGCGCGUCGCUCCAGGCCCGUGCCCAGGUGUUCGCCGCAGACGAGACGGCGCUCGAGGUCGCGAUCGCGGACGCGUGGUUCCGGUUUGGAUUCACGGAGCAGUUCGACUACCGCGACGAGUUGUACGAGUUCGUGGGCACGGCGUACCGGGUGCCGGCGUGGGAGCGCGAGCUGUUCGAGCAGAAGGAUCUGCUGCGGGAAAGAUGCAGGGAGCUGCAGCGGAAGGGGGAGGAGGGCAAGUGGCUGAAGGGCGUGGGGUCGGGGGCGGACCCGGUGCAGGAGUGGGCGGACUUCAUGUGGAGGGUGCUCGAGGGGAAGGCGCCGCUGGAGGAGUGA